UUAACCCCUUCACGCCGACGCCUCCCGGCCCUUUAAGAGUUUCAGAAGCCAGGAGGCGGAGCAGGGUUUAGGGUCAUGUGACCACCGUGACAUAUCGUCACGGCGGUCACAUGAUCGGGAAAGGUCCCGAUCGAAAGAGGAGAUCGGGACCUUUCCGCGAGUACUGGACAUGUGUGCUGGGAGCGUGCAGGGUGCACGCUCUCAGCACAAAUGUCCUUUUUUAAUAGAACGCAAAUGUGAAGGCCGCUCGGCGUCUAGGCCCAGAUGCCGGGAGGCCGCACAUUUGCGUUCAGCCGGCGUGAAGAGGUUA